GCCAACCUCUUCCUUCCUUCCUUCCGUCGCCGGCGAUGGCAUGGUUUCAAUCAUCAAACCGAAAAGUCCAGUUACCGGCCCAAACCCGGCCGGUCCUUGACGAUGACGAACGGAUCGCUAACGAUGACGAAGAUGCUGAAAGUUUGAAGCUGACGCCCACGGAUAGCAAUGUCACGGAAGAUCAAAAUCGAGAUCCUUUCAUGGGAGUAAAGGUACGGAGAAAAGCUUCGUUUCAUAGAAACUACAUCGGCGAUUACCUUGACGUGCCUUCUCGACCCUAUCUCAUGAAGAUUCUAGAAAAACAAGGUGACAAGAAAGUCCUCUUUGCAGACAAAGUUUUGAAGUUCACAAGUACAGGGAAGAUGAAGAGGCGCAUUCUUCUUAUAACUGAUUUUGCCGUUUACAUUGUGGAUCCAGACAUUGAUGCACUUAAAAGGCGGAUUUCCCUGGCAGCUGUUGAAAAGCUCUGUUUGAGUGAACUAAGUGAUAAUUUCUUAGCAAUUAUUAUCCCAACUGAAUAUGAUCUACUGAUAGCCAGUACUCGGAAGACGGAAAUUGUAUCUGUCUUAGUAGAUGCUACCAGGAGUCAAUCCGACUACGAACUUGAGGUGCUACUCUCUAAUAGAUUUGAGUACAAUGCAACUUCCGAACUAGUAAAAGAAAUUGACUUUGAGGAAACUGAAGAGGGUGCGAGAACAAGAAUUGUGCGGAAGUGAGUUGCACCUUUAGUGUAGCAGUCCGAGUGUCCGACAACAUGAACUGCUAGCGUACCACCUUGCCAUUCCAAGGAGGAAUCAGUUGGUAUAAUUUCAUGUAUAAAGGUGAUUGAUUAUCUUUCUAUUGAGAAUUGAACCGAUUAAAUUGAUUUUUUCAUCACGUUCAACUGGUUAUGUUUUCUCUUGUUAUGCCGGCCUACCUAUUCAUUUGCAUGGCUCGUUGCCAAAUUUCCAAGCUCUUCUUCUUUUAUUUAUUUUUGUGUAACUGCAAUUUAACUUGUACAAAAUUGUAAUAUAUAGUCUAUUGGAUGUUAAUUGAGCCCCAUCGUCA